AAGACCUAUAGAUUACCAGAUAAGAUUGGCAAAAUACAGUAAAGAUGUUUACAUUUCCCAAAACAAUUGCAAUAAGAAGAAAGCUAUGCCCUUUGGUUUAACAUUAACAUUCAGAAGCUGAUACAGUAUGUGUGUGACUAACACAGGCCAAUGACCUUUUAUGUAGGGAUCCAUUGAAAUCUUUUAUACUUUAGAAUGUUAAACAAUCAGUCUAUAAAAGUUUCCUCUUGUUAAACCAUGUGUACAAUGUAACUGUCUGAGGUCACGGCUGUAGGUUCCCGUGGACUCAGUGUCCUGGAUGUGAUUUGUGGUGAGAUUAGUAUUCUCUCCCUGCGUAUCGUAAACAGAGCUUUUAAGGGUCUUAGGUGGAGUGAGUGAACAAAUGGCAGAAAAUAUGGAAACUCACAUUAGUGGCUCACAUUCAUCAGGCAAACAUAAGCACAGUGUAUCCUCGGAUUCACUUCAUUGUGUUCUAUGAGUAACAGUGAGUGAAGACUACAAAUUUACAAGUAAUAUUUUAGAGCCUGUUAAGGCAAAGUGGAAGUGGAGUAUUAUAAAGAUCAACAUAGAUAUUUAAAGAUAUCUGUGGUUAAAGCAUUCGAUAUGAAGGUGAUCAUAUUUUUAUUCAGAGAAUGUUUCCUCUUCAGUUUUCUUUUCUUUUCUUUUUUUUUAUCAUGACUCUACCAGGCUAUGAUUAAUUUAAAAAAUACAACUAAAUAUACUCACUGUUCUGUGAAACAUAUUUCACAUUCAGGGCAGAAUGAUGUAACUUAUCCCCAAUGAGAAAGCCCAUUUGUAUGAUCCAUGGAUAUGAUGCAACAGGGUUGUAAAGCUAUAAUAACAAUGACAUCAAUCUGGGAACAAUGAAAACAGAAGUAGUUGGAGUGUUAAUGUGAAAGAGGUGAGGUACAGUAGGUACAGAGUACAUCAGAGUACAAAGAUUACCAUAUACUCAUGGUCUUUGACCGAUGUAAAAGUCAGUAAAGUAUAUGAGAAAACGUAUUAAUGGGAGAGAGAGAGAGAGAGAAAAGGAGAACACAACACGUCUUCACGUAGACAGUGGUUGGUUAAGAACCAUAGAGACCGGAUCUGGUCCACCGACUGGUCUAAAUAUUAAAAAAGUCAAUUGCAUGUGAGGAGUGGAGUGGAAAUAAUUCCUCUGUGCUGAUAGGUUGGUCAACUGCACCAGUCCCGCUUGCAUGGAUUGGCCUGGUGCUCUUCUUGGCCACGUCCAAUUUCUCAUUGUCUUUAGUUGGUGAUGGUUGUGUGCAGUUUUGCAAUGAAUAUUGUAUGUGCUCCCCGCCUUUGAUGCUGAUCAUUUGAAUCCUCGUCUGCUGUGAGGGAGAGAGCUGCUCCUGGAUGCGCACAGCAGAUGAUGGAAUUUCUGCCACACGUCGCAACUGCACGACCAGGACAGUCUGCCUCAGAAAUUAGAUAAAGAGCAGCAGCAGUGGCAGGCGGUCACAGCGGGGGGAAGAUGUUCUGUACUAAGCUGAAAGAGCUGAAAAUAUCCGGAGAGUGUCCCUUCUCUGGCAGCGCCAUCAGAAAUGAUGAGCCUGGAGACUUGGAGCAGCGCUCCGGUGACGCCGCGGAUUUAUUGCCCGUUUUUGAGGAUGUGCACGGUGGAAAAGGUGAGGCUCCGCCACGACAGAGGGCGAGAGGCAAAGUUAACCUGCACACACUUGGAGAGAGCAUCCGAAAAUUGGCAUGUCCGGAGAUCCAAAGGCUACACACUGCCCUCCAUCGAAUGAUGAGCCCAGCAGCAGACAGCAGGGAGUCUGACAGCAGUUCAGCUGUUUGCUGCAGAGCUAGUCAGAAUUGCGACAGUUAUUCCGAGGUUUUUGUGGAGAUGAUGAGCCUUUACUCCAUUAAAACAGGUAAAGUAAGAAGUUUAAUUCAGCCUGAUAUGAACUUAUCGGCUUCCCAUCUUAAUCCCUUUAACCCUUCGCACACCUUGACAGGUUCCUCCAUGGACGCCUUAAAGGUGUCUCUCGGGCAAGAGCUCUUCAACAUGUGUUACGAGGAGGACAGACACAUUUUGAAGGUAGUUGGGGGAGCUCUGCACGACUUCCUCAACAGCUUCAACGUCUUGUUGAAACAGAGCAGCACGCUGCACAAUCCAGACAAUGACGACUGUGUAAACGAACCGUCAGUGCUGUGCUUAGACAAGGAUCCGGGUCUGCUUACUGUCUUUUUUUUCAACCCGUGCUCAACCACUCAGCUUUUCUUUCCUGGAGUCAUCAAAGCCGCAGCCCGCCUGCUGUAUCACACAACUGUGGACGUGUUGAUGGACGCCCCUAGUGCCAAAGACAGCAUCUUGCAGUCCAGCCCGCAGCCCAGUCUUCUGUACACGGUCAUUGUCAAGGAUGCUAAAAAUCUGAGCCCCAGUCCACUGCGAGCCACCUCAGCCGGGACGCUUCCCACGGCGCUGUUCUCCACCAUCUUCCCCUUCCAUCUGAUCCUGGACCAGGACUUGCUUCUGAUUCAAAUAGGUCAUGGGCUCAGGAAGAGACUGGUCAGAAAGGAUGGACUGAGGAGGUUGACUACCUUCCAAGAUCAUUUCUCUAUUGUGUCUCCCCAGAUCAAGUGCUCAUUUCAGGGUAUUUUGACCAUGCUUAACACCCAGUUUAUCAUUCGGAUCAAGAAUGGAGUGUCUACUGCAGACAACACAGGGAAGCACAUGGAUCUUAAAGGUCAGAUGAUCUACGUUUCUGAGUCCAACGCCAUCUUGUUCCUGGGCUCGCCAUGUGUGGAUAAACUCGAGGAGCUGACAGGCCGGGGCCUCUACCUGUCAGACAUACCUAUUCAUAACGCCCUACGGGAUGUGGUUCUGGUAGGUGAGCAGGCCAAAGCUCAGGAUGGUUUGAAGAAGCGUCUGGGGAAGCUGAAGGCCGCCCUGGAGCACGCCCACCAAGCGCUGGAGGAGGAGAAGAAGAAGACAGUGGAUCUGCUCUUCUCCAUUUUCCCACGUACUGUGGCCCAGCAGCUGUGGCAGGGACAAACAGUCCAGGCCAAGAAGUUUGACAGAGUUACGAUGCUCUUCUCUGACAUCGUGGGCUUCACAGCUGUUUGUUCCCGCUGCACCCCGAUGCAGGUCAUCACUAUGCUCAAUGAGCUGUACACCCGCUUUGACCACGAGUGUGGAGAACUAGAUGUCUAUAAGGUGGAGACUAUCGGUGAUGCGUAUUGUGUAGCUGGUGGCUUACACAAAGAGAGUGAUACUCACGCUCUUCAAAUUGCACUUAUGGCCUUAAAGAUGAUGGAGCUUUCAGAUGAAGUCAUGACGCCAACUGGAGAACCAAUCCAGAUGCGCAUCGGUCUUCACACUGGUUCAGUUCUGGCCGGUGUCGUUGGUGUAAUGAUGCCACGGUACUGCCUCUUUGGGAACAAUGUUACACUGGCCAACAAAUUUGAAUCUUGUAGCCAACCCAGAAAAAUAAAUAUCAGCCCCACAACCCACAGACUGCUGAAGGAUCACCAGCAGUUUGUCUUUGUUCCAAGAAGCAGACAAGAGCUUCCGGCAAACUUCCCAGAAGACAUCCCUGGUGUUUGUUACUUUUUAGAGGCAUCCUUCAGAGGCAACUCUGAAGUAAAUUCAAGCUCAGAAGAACUAGACCAUCCCAGAGGCCGUUCGAAUGUGUAGUGAAUAUAAUGCAGGGGCUGCGUAUAGUUUGACUUUUGUUGUUUAUGAAUUGAUGCUGUUACGUGUCAGUCAACUCCUGCUGCUUCUUCAUUUUAGAGAUGUCAGUUUGCUGUCAAACACGAGUCUGGUCUCUGUAAAAUUAUCUGUGUGUGAAACUGUAGUGGAAAAAUAGACACUUGUUUCCCCUGUUUUGUAUCCAGAUGUUGUCAUCUCUGGUCUUUUUUUUUUUUUUAGGUCUUCGCUAGCGGCAGACAAUGAAAUAUAUGAUUUUAAUGGUUUAAAAUAACAAAACCGUGUGUAAUGAACACGACUGAAUUUGGUCGUCUAUGGUUCUAAGGUGUGUAUGUAUACAGCAGAAUAUUUUAUUUGUACAAUAUGGGUGUUCAUUUUCAUUAUGAUGUAAAACCAAUGCAACCCUUUGUCAUAUUGUCUGUGAGUAUCCUGCUGAUCUGUCCAGCUCUGUUCGGUUUAAAUACCAGCUAAACCACCUUAUUGUGUUAUAAAAAGUUAAAAUAAAAACAAAAUUGAAACAGCUCUGUAUUUUUUAGUGAAAGCAAUUUUUAACACUACGGCUAUUGUCAGACAUUUAGGAGUAUCUUGUGUGAUGUACAGUAGAUUUAGGUGCCUUAUGGGAGGUUUCUAGUAUCAACAUUAUGUUAAUCUCAGUUUGUUUUGUUUUGUCUGCUUUGCUUCAGUUGUUAUGGAUCCAAACAUUUUACAGUCAAAACCUCUCUUCCAGAUGUAUGUGGUGCAAGUGAGUUUGCUGUACACUGAAUAUUUUUAACCUUUUAUUUUAACCCCAUUUAUUAGAAAUUCAGUGAAACAUUGUAAGAUCAAAUGUUUGCUAUUGGCAGUAAUCUAUUUUUACUGUUUUCACUGCACAUGUUUAUGAUAUAUAUAUAUAUAUUACAUAAUUUUCAUAAGACUCCUUUCCCAAGGGAAUAUGACAACAAAAAGUACAACGAAUGUUCAGCAGUCACUCAUGAUGAUGUGUUUUAUUAUUGUAAUGUAAUCAAAAUGCAAUAAAUAUUGACUCUAACAAAUA